CCGCUGGCGCCUUUCCGUACAUGCUUCGCGCUGUGCGAAUAGUGGUGAUUUACCAUUCCGCUUACCGGUACAAGUACGCGGGACUCGUGAAGUGGACCAAGCUACGAAAGGCGUGGGCGUCGAUCACUUUAUUGAUGGUCGUCGUGGCCAUAAUACUCUACGCCAUCUCUGCCCGACACUACAGACACGACUACGGUUGCGCCUUCUUCGAGGAAACCAUUGUGAUCGGAACGAUGGCGUUGCUCAACGCCCCAGGCUUCACGUUCCUGCUAUUCAAACUCUCGCAAGUGCAAGACGUCUAUAAGCUUCGGCGGGAAUUCACUUGGGUGUUUAACGCGGUUUCCUCGAGCACAUACGUGUACAUACUAAUCCAGGUGCUUUAUAAAACCGGAGCUGUGACGGAGACGCGCACUCUUCAUCUCGUCUUGGAAAUACUGGCGCUGGUUAUCAUGCUUAGUUUUUUGUUUUGGAUGGUGCUGAUUUCAGUGGGCAUCCACGACGGUUGGCGCUGGUUCGGAACGUCAACGGUAGUCCCAACAGAAGGUUGGGCGGUGUCGGCGUCGAAUCGUUCGUCGGGUCCAACGCACGGCGAUGGCGUUCUGGGGUAUGCCCAGGAGGGCGGAUCGGUCGCCUCCAUGUUCGAGCAAUACUGCAUGCGGAGCUUGUGCGCAGAGAGCUGGGAUUUCAUCGUCGCGGCUUGCAAAUAUGAGGAAAUUUCAGACCCCGAGGAGCAGUACAAAAUGUUCCUUCGCAUCACGGAAGAAUACUUGCGGCCCACCUCCCCUCAAGAGGUAAACAUCAGCAGCAAGAUGCAAGCGAAGAUGGUGUCGCUGCAGGACAGCGUCAAAUUUUCGAGCCUCGACGGAGACUCCCGCCGCAACGUACUUCAAGAGCCCCUGAAAGAAGUUGUGCGGAUGCUCGAGGAAAACCUCCUGAACAAGUUCAAGCAAACCCCAGAAAUGCGGAAGAGGCGUGAGGACCUGGAACGCGAAGACUGGCAGGUUGUGGGUGACCUUUUCUAGGACAUGCCCGAAACGAAUCCCGCCUGCCCGAAACGAAUCGUAAAAGUCGGGGAAAACAGCAUCGACCCGGUACCUGCUUUUGCGACAGAAUGAGAUGAAUACGUCCUAAAGAGCGAACCGAGCAUUGCCUGGCGCCAAGGGAUCCUAAAGGUGAACACUAUUCUACGUGGGCGUCUGCUUUUGCGAUGGGAUGGGAUAAAUCCCUGGAAGAGUACUUUCUGGCGAAUAAUUGAGGCAAUUCCCGACGGAACAAAUUAUGCUAUUACUCCUGUAUUUGGUUGUAUAAUUGAUCUGUUAGUCUCGUUGCACAGGCACGUGUCCUCGCCCCUUCCAGGUAACGCCAAGCUAUUCCUUCUCUCAACUGUGCGCUCUUAGUGUCUUCUUUCGCGUUCCUUCGGUUGUUGUAUCCAACCUUUCCUCAUCCAGUUAUCGAGCAAGCGAACUCCGCGGCGGCGGAAGGCGACGAAAACAUGCGGCAGCAGCUACUAACGGCGGGAAGCCUUCUCUCUCGAAGUGGGAUUGAGAAAGGGGACCCAUGAUACUUCGUAUACUUUUGCCGCCAUCAUCAGGAGGUCAUUUGGACACCCCUUGAAUGUGCAAAUGGUGUGAGGGGUGUGGCGCGCUCUCUUUCUCGUCGUCGGUAUUGAAUGUCUUUUAUUUUAUCGCAGAAAAUAAUCUCCUGGCGGUCGCCGAGGAGACGGACCGUCUGAAAAACCUCCUUGAUCGAAUACAUGUUUGUGGUACUUGAACAUGAGUCCGAUCUGUGCAUCCUUUGUGGGGGAUACGCAUAUGGGAAGUUUGGUUGUGAUGGGUAUGUAUGCGGUUGGGGUCCAAGUGCGGUCCCCCCGGGUGAUCACACGGCGGUGUGCUCCCGGCACGUGCCUGAGAGGCUUGCGUGUUGGUGACCAGCUUGCCUGAGGGGCUUGCGUGACGAGAAUAUUAAAUAUAUAUGGUCCUUUUCUUCAUCUGCUGUUCCUGAGAUAACAUAGUACCCAGUCUCAACACCACAGACCGCUGAGGGCGGCAUUGCAGACAAACACGAUAUCGUUUUUAGAGCCUAGCUAGGCCGGGUGUUGGUUCGGCGAUGACGGAAUGAGAAAGAGAGUUGUUGAAAGAACGAGCGAGGAAUGCCGAGAGAGCAGCCGAGGAAGCGGCAGCCAAGAUGGCGGAAAUGCAGAGGGGAAUAGAUGAAACGGAGGAGAGGAGUUCAGCGGAGAAAGCCGCGAGAAGGAGAGUGGGUGAUGCCGGGUAUGCGGCAGGUAACAUUAGGAUAAGCGGCGCUGGCUAUGCGCCUGGGUACCAUAGCAGGGAUGGAGCUGCCGGAGGGGUGGCUACUUGUGGAGCCGGGGGGACGGCUAGUUUUUUCGAUGAUCAGGAGCAGCAGCAGCGUGACCGCGAUUACGUGCGGAAGGACCGGAAGCCACCGGUGUACGACGGCAACUUUCCACUGUUCAAGUCGCUGUUCGAGCUCUUCCUCGCCCGCGAAGAUCUAUCACCUACACUCGCCAAGCCGGCGAGUCCACACCAAAGCAUCUGGCUCCGCAACGGGCUGCCAAGGAGCGAAAACGUCCGCUUGCACGGUGAGCGUCGCGUGCGCGAUCAUGAGUAUGCGUUUGAGUACUUGAUGUGCGCCCCGAAGGGGGCAAACUUUCAGGCUAAAAUCUUUGUCGUUGGGACUGUGUCUGGGGCGUGGGAGGCUGCACAACAGUUCUGCCUGCCGAUGAGUGACUCCGAGAAGGAGGCACUGAAGCUGUCUCUCACGAGCAUGAAGAUGCAGCUUGGAGAGGACCCAAAGGCGUACUUUCUUAGGUUCGACAGAGUGUUGGCUACUCUCCGCGCCGUCAACGGCGAUGCGAUCACGGAUAGAGAAGUCGUCGCGAUGCUUCGAAGGAACCUCUCCGCCGACUACGAACAGGUCCACAUUCUCUUCAUGGCCAACCGCUCGCUCACGCGCAAGGACUUGGAGAAUCUUGUGCGUAGCCUGCACGCCGAGAGAGACCUCGGGAAUGUUGCGCGGCGGACGGCAGCGCCGACCGGUGACCCACACGCUCUUCACGUCGGCGGUGGAAAUUUUCGGCGGGACUGCUGGGGAGGUUUUUCUCGUCAACAGCAGCAUCGUCUACAGCAGUCCUGCGGAGGUGUUCCCGUACAACAACCGUUCCAGCAGCAGUGGAGGUACGGCGUAUUUGGCAGAGGGUGUUCUUUUCAGCAGCAGCAGCAACAACCGUGCGUGCAGCAGAGGUUCGAGCCACAGCCAUCGGUGCAGCAGCAGCCCAUGCCACAGCAGCAGCCUCAACAGCAGCAACCUCAUCAACAAGUCCACAAG